AUGUCUCUCUCUCCAAGGCCACAGCCUGCUUCCAGGCUCAGCUCUCAGCGCCUGCCGCCUCCAUCAUUGUUCCAGGGACCGCCUUCACAUAAUGCGUCAGAUAAUUCGCUGCAGGUUGGACUGCUGCCCAGCACUCAGGUGUCAGCCAUGGCCCCGACAAGCGUUCUUCACCGGCAGAAAUUCCAAAGAUCGAGCACGUCGAGACACUCGGCUGCUUCCUCGGAAGGGAACAGGAGCCUGUCCCCCUUCCUAACGCGAACACAGUCGCAGCGAGAAGUCGACAGCGCCGAGGUGCUAUGGCAGGAGAUGCAAAACACGCUUGCCGAAGUAGAACUGAGCGCUGUCAAGGGAGAACACGUUUUUGGCGAGGAGCAUUCAAAGGCCCUCGAGGAACUGCGGCUGAAACAGCUCAAGCUAGCCCAGGCUUGGACGAGAAGCGAGGUAGACGAUAUCGAUCAGACCCAAGAACAACUUACAACCACAACCACAGCAGACAGUAAAGAUCAGAAACCAGAGUCUGCGUCUGCCAAGGGAGUGAUUACAGACAGCGCAGCGACGUACCAGGCCCUCGAGGCUGAGACCGAAAAGGACCUGCAACAAGCUCGAAGGAGGCGCGAUGCAAACGAUCUAUAUUUUGACCGUGUGAACAAUGGUGUGCUAGAUGUUGUCGCCAGUCUAGAGGAAGUCGCUGAGGCGAUGCGCGCAGUAGAGAGAGAAAGCAAAGAUAUUUGGAGUGACAGUGGCAGCGAGGUUGUCCACACAGAUGCCCCAUCAACUGGAUGA